CCAACCACCGUUAAACCUCAACGAAGAAGAAGAAGAAGGAGUGUUUCCGUCAAGAUGGCUGUCGGUGCCUUCCCCAUCGCCAAGCUCCUCUACCUCGGUGUACGGCAGCUCAGCAAGCCCGUAGCCAACAAGCUCAAGGCCGGGGCUCUCCGGAGCGAGUUCUUCAAGACAUAUGUUUGUCUUCCACCGGGACAGAUUUACCACUGGGUGGAGAUGAGGACCAAGAUGAGGAUCAUGGGUUUUCGGGGUUCCACCAUCAAGCCCCUGAACGAAGAGGCGGCAGCAGAGCUGGGUGCAGAGCUGCUAGGGGAGGCCAUCAUCUUCAUCAUCGGAGGAGGGUGUAUGAUCCUAGAGUACAGUAGACAGGCGGCCAACUCUAAGAGGAAGGAAGAAGAGCUGAGUCACACCAUUGGCAGUCUGCAGACACAGAUAGGAGAGCUGACCUUGAACACAGAGACACUGGAUGCCAGGCUAAGGGAGGUCAACAGGCUGCUGCUCUCCUUACCACCUCCUGUUACCACGCAAGUUCCUGUGUCGGAUCCUGCUACCACUCUGGCUUCCUCUUCUGUGGAUCCCAGUCAAAAGUGAUACCUGUGUAAUUUCUGAAUUAGCCUGAUGGUCUUCAGAUCUGUUUGUCUUUAGCCAAGUUCUCAUGUCAUAACUAACCUUUUCAUAUCUGUCUCUCUCUCAAUGUAGUGUUGUCA